CGUGGUCUGCUGGGCAGGGGAUGUCCUUGCAACUCUGGGACCAGUCCUGCUUCUCCUCUUUGGUGGUCAGUUGUUCCCUCUGGCUUUUGUGAAGGUGGGCAAUUGCUGGAGUCAGGGGGUCCCAGGAGAGAGGAGGGGGCUGCAACUUUGGAAAGAACUUCCCCAAAGCAGGAGAAGGUCAACUCAGGCUCUGCAACCAACUCCUAAGACUCUUUGGUUGGACUCUCUCGCCAUGGGCACCACUUUCCACCCAAGGGAUGCCACUCAGAGCAUGCCAUGGACCAACUUCCUUGUGGCCAUGGUGGCCGUCUUCUUCCUCACGUUCCUAGGCCCUGCCGUGGCCAACGAGUACGACUAUGUGAGCUUCCAGUCGGACAUCGGUGCCUACCAGACGGGCCGCUUCUACACCAAGCCACCCCAGUGCGUUGCCAUCCCGGCUGAUCUCCGCUUGUGCCACAGCGUGGGUUACGACAAGAUGGUCCUGCCCAACCUCCUGGACCACGAGACCAUGGCCGAGGUCAAGCAGCAAGCCAGCAGCUGGGUGCCUUUGCUGAACAAGAACUGCCACAUUGGCACCCAGGUCUUCCUCUGCUCCCUCUUUGCCCCCGUCUGCCUGGACCGGCCCAUCUACCCCUGCCGGUGGCUCUGCGAGGCCGUGCGGGACUCCUGCGAGCCCGUCAUGCAGUUCUUCGGCUUCUACUGGCCCGAGAUGCUCAAGUGCGACCAGUUCCCGCAGGACGACGUGUGCAUCGCGAUGACGGCACCUAAUGCCACCGAGGCGUCCAAACCACAAGGGACGGCCGUGUGCCCACCUUGCGACAACGAGAUGAAAGCAGACGCCAUCCUCGACCACCUCUGUGCCAGCGAAUUUGCUUUAAAGAUGAAGAUCAAAGAGGUGAAAAAGGAAAACGGGGACAAGAAGAUCGUCCCCAAGAAGAAGAAGCCCUUGAAGCUGGGCACCAUCAAGAAGAAAGACCUCAAGAAGCUGGUGCUGUACUUGAAGAAUGGGGCGGACUGCCCUUGCCACCAGCUGGACAACCUCAACAACCACUUCCUCAUCAUGGGGCGCAAGGUGAAGACCCAGUACCUGCUGACGGCCAUCCACAAGUGGGACAAGAAGAACAAGGAGUUCAAGAAGUUCAUGAAGAAGAUGAAGAGCCCGGAGUGCCCAAUGUUUCAGUCGGUUUUCAAAUGAUCCGCUGGGCUCAAGCGCUGGGACUUCUGUUUCGUUGUCAUUGUUGUUGUCGUGCUGUAUUUUUUUCCCUGCUGGUUCUGAACUUGCACAGACUUUGACUUGAUGGCUCACCAACAUUGUUGUCUUCUUCUGUCAUCAUGGAUGUUGUCCAUCUUUUUUUCUAUCUGUCUUCCAGCUUUCUCACUACUUAUGUAGACAGGCUUGGGGUUAUGAACACAGCAUAUUAAGCUUUUAUGUGAAUCUUCUCUGAUUUUUUUGGUUAGAAACCCACAAUUUCAGCAGUGUGGAAAUGUUCCCUUCAAAAAAAUAUAUAUCCCAAUUUCUGAACAUCUACUUUUCCACCACCUGGUUUUGUUGGUUCUCCUGGGCUUGGGUCCAUCAUUGACUAUUUCCCACCGCUAAGUUCUGGCUUCUCCGGUUUUUAAUUAUGGUAUGAUGUCAUAACUGUUAUGAAGUCAAUUAAAUUUGUUUAUUUGAUGAUGCCACUGAGGCCAUAUAAAGGAGUAAGUCCGCGUCUACACUGUAGAGUUAAUACAGUUUGACACCACUUGAACUGCCAUAGCUCAAUGCUAUGGAAGAAUGAGAGUUGUUGUUUUACAGAGUUUGAGUCCAUUGUGGGAGUUCUAGUUUGGCAGAGAAGACUCAAAAUCGCAUUCAAAGCACCCCUGACAGAUGGCCAUCCAGCCUCUGUUUCAAAGUCUCCAAAGAAGUAGCCUCCACCACACUCUGGGGCAGAGAGUUCCACUGCUGAACGGCUCUCCUUACAGUCAGGAUGUUCUUCCUAAUGUUCAGGUGGAAUCUCCUUUCCUGUCUAUAUGCAAUGCCUUUUUUUGGGAAAAUUUAUAGACCAUCCUCCCUUGCCCACCGGCUACCAGAAUCCAAAUUAAUAAAUAAACAAACACCA